AUGAAGAAAUGUCUUUGCAGAUGGAGGGAGAGGAGCAGUGUUGAUGUGGUGGAACAGCUGUCCUGUUGUGCUUUGUGUCAGAACUUUCGGAAGAAUCUGGUCUCUGCAACCUGUGGACACUGGUUCUGCAGACAAUGUAUCAGAUCCUUCUGGGACAAGUCUGCUCCAUCAGGACCCCCUUCUUGCCCUCAAUGUGAAAAAAGAUCCAGAAUUAGAGCAGGACUGCUGAAAACCACCCAGAACUGCUAUGAGGGAGCAGAUGCUUGUCUGCAGGAGGUUCUAGAGGACCAUAAGGUCAGUCUGAGAAGGAGAUUUGAAUGUGUGGAUGAAGGAAGUGAUGGAAAGGGAAAUAGAACCCUCUUCAACAAGAUCUACACAAAUCUCUACAUCACAGAGGGACAGAGUGAAGAGGUUAAUACUCAACAUGAGGUGAAGCAGUUAGAGAGAGCUUCCAAGAUCCAGGACCUCCAUGAUUUUCCAAUUAGGUGCCAAGACAUCUUUAAAGCCUUCCAUGACCAACAUGGAGCCAUCAGAGUGGUUCUGACUAACGGCAUCGCUGGUGUUGGGAAAACCUUCUCAGUCCAGAAGUUCACUCUGGACUGGGCAGAGGGCUUGGAGAACCAAGAUGUCAGUGUGGUGGUUCUGCUUUCCUUCAGGGAGCUGAACCUGAUCAGAGAUCAGCAGCACAGUCUUCUCACGCUGCUCCAUGUUUUCCAUCCAACCCUCCAAAAGCUCCCAGCAGAGAAGCUGGCUGUCUGGAAGCUUCUCUUCAUCUUUGAUGGCCUGGAUGAAAGCAGACUUUCUCUGGACUUCAAUAACAGUCUGCUUGUUUCAGACAUCACUCAGAAGUCAUCAGUCAAUGUUUUGCUGAUGAACCUCAUCAAGGGCAACCUGCUUCCCUCGGCUCUGGUCUGGAUAACUUCCCGACCUGCAGCGGCCAAUCAGAUCCCACCUUCCUGUGUUUCCAGGGUAACAGAAGUACGAGGUUUCACUGAUGCCCAGAAGGAGGAAUACUUCAGAAGGAGGUUAAGUAAUGAAGAGAUGUCCAGCAGAAUAAUCUCCCACAUUAAGACCUCCAGGAGCCUCCACAUUAUGUGUGGAAUCCCUGUAUACUGUUGGAUCACUGGUACAGUUCUGGCAAACUUGUUUUCCACAGAGCAGAAAGGAGAGCUGCCCAAGACCAUGACUGACAUGUACUCACACUUCCUGCUGGUCCAGAACAGGAGGAAGAAGAACAAGUACCAAGAAGGACAUGAAAUGAGAUUUCCAGACCUACUGGAGACUGAAAGGGAAGUUCUUCUGAAGCUGGGGAGAGUAGCAUUGGAACAUCUGGAAAAAGGUAACAUCAUGUUCUACCAAGAAGACCUGGAGCAGUGUGGUCUUGAUGUCAAAGAGGCCUCGUUGUACUCAGGAGUUUGUACAGAGAUCUUCAAAAGAGAGAGCGUGAUCUUCCAGAAACCAGUCUACUGCUUUGUUCAUCUGAGCAUCCAGGAGUUUUUGGCUGCUGUCUACAUGCUCCACUGUUUCACCAGCAGGAACAAAGAGGUGGUGGAGAACUUCCUGGGAGGAAAAUACAAUGAAACAUCUCUGGAGGAUUUCAUGAAGAGAACCAUGGAGAAAUCCCUCGGGAGUAUAAAUGGUCACCUGGACCUGUUUUCUCGCUUCCUUCAUGGCCUCUCUGUGGAAUCCAACCAGAGACUUUUAGGAAGCCUUUUGAGUCAGAGCAAAAAUAGUCCAGAAACAAUCCAGAGAAUCAUCAACAAUCUGAAGGAGAUGAACACUGAUAUUUCCCCUGACAAAAGCAUCAACAUCUUCCACUGUCUGAUGGAGAUGAAAGAUCUCUCAGUUCAUGAAGAGAUCCAACAGUUCCUGAAAUCAGAGAAAAGAUCAGAAAAUGAGCUCUCUUUGUUCCAGUGCUCAGCUCUGGCAUACAUGCUGCAGAUGUCAGAGAAGGUUCUGGAUGAGUUGGACCUAGGAAAGUAUAACACUUCAGAAAGGGGACGGCGGAGACUUGUUCCAGUGGUGAGAAACUGCAGAAGGGCUCGACUUGUUGGUUGUUCACUUUCAAAGACUGAGUGUGAAAUUGUCGCCUCUGCGCUGAAGGCCAACCCUUGUCAUCUAACUGAACUGCACAUAUACGAAAUCUUUGGAUGGAAAACACAUGGUGACUCUAAGCUGAAGCACCUGUGUGAGAUACUGGAGAGUUCAAUGUGCAAACUUAAGAUUCUUAGAUUGGAGCCUUGGAGUUUGUCAGAGAUUAGCUGUGCUUCUCUGGGCUCAGCACUGAAGUCCAACCCUUCCCAUCUGGAAGAACUGGACCUGAGUCGGAAUAUCCUGCAAGACACACUACUGAAGGAGUUCUGUGGUUUUCUACAGACUCCCCUCUGCAAACUGCAGGCAUUGAGAAUGGAGGACUGCAGUUUGUCAGAGAUCAGCUGCGCUUCUCUGGUCUCAGCUCUGAAGUCCAACCCAUCCCAUUUGACAGAACUGGACCUCAGUGUGAACAAAGAUCUAAAAGAUUCUGGAGUGAAGCAGCUCUGUGGUUUUCUACAGAACCCCCUCUGCAAAUUACAGACAUUAAAAUUGAAGCUCUGCAGUCUGUCAGAGAUCAGCUGUGCGUCUCUGGUCUCAGCUCUACAGUCCAACCCUUCCCAUCUGACAGAACUGGAUCUGAGUGGCAACAUACAUGUGAAAGAUGCUGGGGUGAAGAAGUUUUGUAGUUUUCUACAGACUCCUCUCUGCAAACUACAGACAUUGAGGUUAGAGAACUGCAGUUUGUCAGAGAUCAGCUGUACUUCUCUGGCAUCAGCUCUGAAAUCAAACCCCUCCCAUCUGACUGAACUGGACCUGACGAAGAACAACCUGAAGGGAUCCGAUGUUCAACACCUGGAGAAUCUUGUAAAAAGUUCAGACUACAAACUGCAGACUCUGGGGUGGAGGUGAUGAUCUUAGUGGAGGAGAGAAGCUGAUCUGUGUCCUGAUGAUCCUCAGAGGUUGAAGCUGCAACAGUUUGAGUUUAAAGACACUCUGACUGGAUCCUGAUGAUGAACUCUGAGUUUAGAGAUUUUUUAGCUCUUUAUUUGUUCUUGGUAAGUUGAAAGUGGCAUUUUUAUUCAGGGAACUCCAAGUUGCUUUUCCCUUUACUCUCCCAGUUAGUGUGUCUCCCAGUUAGUGAUAUUUUGUCUUUGAGGCCUUUUGCUCUGAAACUGAAGGAAAUGUUACCAACAAUAUGAAAUAAAGCUUUGUUUAAAAGUUUUCAGCCUGCUCCAAGUUUUUAAUGCUUCUGAUACUGUUUCAGAUGUUUUCUGCAAAGUCAGCACAAGUCAUCUGUUCUGUUGAUCUAAACACCUCAGUAAAAAAAAUAUUGUUUCUUCAAUCAGAGGAUAAAGGUUGUUUUUUGUUUCCCAUG